AUGGCUACCACGAUUGAGGCGUCGCAAUCCCUCAUCCAGUCGGAGUCCAGGGUCCACAGCUACCAAGAAGUGGUUACGGAGACACGACAAGUGAAGAAGAAGACCAAGUCCAGGAGGCAUAAGGAUGAAGGGUCUAUAUCUGUGUCCAAAAGUUCAGAAAAGUUGUGCAAGAAAAUGAAAGCGGACAAUGAAAACCCCACAUGCGCCAAAUGUUCCCGUCCAGUGUACGCAAUGGAACGCAUCAAAGCGGAAAAACGAGCUUGGCACAAGGAGUGCUUUAGAUGUGUACAGUGCAAUAAACAACUCACAGUUGAGACAUAUCAAAGCGACCACACAGCAUUGUAUUGCAAGCCGCAUUUCAAACAGCUGUUUGAACCUAAACCUGUCGAUGGGGUUGACGAGCUUGAUGCUACCCCCAAAAAACAUCAGAUGAUUAUUUGCGAGAGUCAGCCGGUCGAAUUACCCCCGGAUGUUGUAAGAGCGUCCGAUAAACCAGACCUAGGUCUAGAAGAACUGGCGUCUCUAGACGUUAAGUCGCGUUUCGAAGUGUUCGAGCGCAAAGCGAAGCAGGAAGAGCCGGUGGCGCGGGAGCCGCGCGCGCCGCGGGAGAGGAGUACCGCUCUGUUGUCCAAGUUGGCUAAGUUCAAGGCGAAGGGCAUGGACAUUGGCGUAUCUGAUGAGUACUUGAAUGGAGUUCCCGUAGAACACAGCUCGAGCGAGCAGGAGGAUGAAGAAGAUGAAGACUCCGUCCUAAAGAAAUCGUACGCACAUAACACUGUUCGAGAACAAACUGCACUCUGCGACAUGAACGAGCUGGUCGGUCGCUUCGAGAACGGUAACGAUAAUAUGGAGCGACACAACCAGAGGAAGCAGGAGAUACAGAAUAUACGUAAUCGAUUGUUUUUGGGAAAGCAAGCGAAGAUCAAAGAAAUGUACGAGCAGUCAGUGAUGCAGUGCGAGCAAAGUGUUACUUCAGCGGAUAAAAUAGCUAAAGAAUUAGAUUUAGAUGCGGAAAAAGCUCGAGCAAUAAAGCAGCGCUUUGAGAACGGGGAGAUUUUCAACGAUGAGAACCAACCGCCCAAGAACAGGGAACUCGAUGAUCCAUCGCUUUUCAAUGAGGGUAUUGCCAAAAAGUCUAGGUCCAUUUUCUUGGAAUUAGACGCGAAUGCGAAGCAUAUGGCGCCACUCUCGCCGCCGGUACAAGAACCACCCAAAAGAAAGGAGAUUCCGUUCGUGCCCAAGGACAUAGUGCGCGCGGCGGACAAGCCGGAGGACGUCAAAAUAGAGACGGCGGACAUCUCCGACCGAUUCCGCUUCUUCGAGACCUACCGGCCGGAGUCCGCGCCCGAGCGCAGGCCCUUCCGCAUGACGCCGCCGCGACAGCCGCAGCGUGCCAAGUCCCCGUCGCCGGACGUGUACCACGAGCCGAGCGUGGCGCGCGCGGACGCGGGCGCGGCGGACGCGGGGCUGGCGGCCGCGCGCCACACCGCCUCGCGCAUGAUCUCCGUGUUCCGGCAGAUGGAGGAGCGCGUGGACGCUGAGCCGAUGGGUCCGAAACCCUUAAAAUGCUUCACGCCCCCACCCCCGGAGGAGGCUGGGCGUCACCUGGACGUGUCCUCGUCCGAGUACAGCGAUAGCGAGGACGAGCACCCCUACGGGAGGGAUGAUGAAGCCCUCCGACAGGCACAACAACUAGCCCGAACCAAGUCGUUCCGAGACCGUUUCGAGAAUUGGUCGGAGAAUGAGAGAGAGGAGAGAGACGAGCGUCCGCCCUCCGUCAUAGAGAGGUGCGAGGACGGAGAGUCACAGUUAGAGACUGCUAAGAGUUUACGUGAGAAAUUCGAAAAUAUGAAAGUGCAAACAACGACCGUCAAUAAAACGUUUGCGCCCAAAGUGAAUAGAUUCGUU